AUGACCACCAAAACAACUAAAAAUAAUCUCCCUCCCCAUCCCAACAAUUGUCUCAAAAAUAUUAUUUUAUUCCGCAAACGGCCUUUCCGUGUUUUUGUGGUUAUUUUCCAAUCGAUCGACAAAAUUCUCGGCCGGUACUCGGACCACUCCAACCCAAAUACUCUUGGGCCUUCUUUUAAAGUCCCCCAUUCAAAGGGUGGCCUCCAACGCCAAAAACAGACCAACAACUAUAUAAACUAUUUUUUUACUUAUAUUCUUCCCCGCGAGCACAACAAACACAUACACUCUCUCGCCCACUAUGGCUGUUGA